AUGAGCGAAGAGGGAGAUAAGACUAAGUCUCCGGUUGACCAGAAGGAUGACGGGUUAGACAGAAAGACACUUUUUGUUCGCUCUAUCCCUUAUGAGGCUACAUCAGAUGAAUUAUCAGAAUUCUUCUCACAAUUUGUGCCUGUGAAGCAUGCUGUUAUUGUCAAUGGCAGUGAUGGGAAAUCACGAGGAUUCGGGUUCGUAUCAUUCACAUUGGAUGAUGAUACGUUGACAGCGUUAGUAGAAGCAAGAAAAACGAAAUUCAAAGGGAGACUUUUAAGAGUCGACAUGGCUAAGAGAAGAGAUAGGAAAGAUAAACGUGGCACAUUGGAGAACCGAGUCCCAGCUGAGCCAGUCGAAAAAAGAAGGGCUAGACUCAUAAUCAGGAAUAUACCUUGGUCGUUGAAGAAUCCUGAUGACUUGAAAAAGAUAUUUGUUAAGUAUGGGGGCGUUUUCGAUGCUUAUAUUCCUAAGAAGAAAGGCGGCCAGAUGCUUGGCUUUGCCUUCGUUGUGAUGAAUAAAAAGAGCGCAGCUGAUCGUGCUGUUAAGGGAUCCGAGGGGUUGCAAAUACAUGGAAGGGAAGUGGCAGUAGAUUUUGCAAUCGAAAAAUCUAAAUGGGAACAAGUCAAAGAGCAAGAUUCGGAGAAGGAAAGCGAAGGCGAGGAAAUGGAAGAAGAAACUGUUGAAGCAAGUGGUGAAGGUACUGAAAAAGAGAAAAUAGUGGGGCUUGAUAAUGAGAGUCAUAAAGAGAUUGAGCAUAAAGAUUCAGAUUCGGACAGCGAAUUGACUUCAGAAGAUGAAGGGGACGAAGAUGAAGAGGAUGAGAAUGAAGACAAGGAUGAAGAUGAAGUAGACGAGGAAGAUGACAGUGACGAAGAGCUAGAAGAUGCAGAAUUAGAGAUAAAUGAUAGCAAACCUGAUAUCCCUAAAAAGAACAGACAAGAACCGUUUUCAAUUUUUGUAAGGAAUAUUCCGUAUGAUGCUGACGCUGCUUCUUUGAAAGAGCAUUUUAACAGAUUCGGACCAGUAAAAUAUGCCUUACCAGUAAUUGAUAAGGAAACUGGGUUAGCCAAAGGAUCGGCGUUCGUUGCAUUUGUUGAUGAAGAUUCUUAUACCAAAUGCUUGGAAAAUGCUCCAUCAGUAGCCAGCUCGUCCUUGUUAAUUGCCGAUGAUGUUUCCCCCGAUUAUGUCUACAGUGGACGUAUUUUGUCAGUAUCUUCAACGGUCGAUAGAGGAUCAGCGCAAAAGCUAGCCGAGAGAAACCUGGAGAAAAGACAGGAGAUUUUAGGUAAAGCACCAGGUGAGAAGGAUAAGCGUAAUUUGUUUCUUUUGAAUGAAGGAAGAAUAACGGCCAACUCUAAAUUAGCACAAUAUAUUUCAAAGACAGAUUUAGAAAUGAGGGAGCAGUCUUAUAAAUUAAGGGUGCAACAACUAAAGAAAAACCCUACUUUGCAUUUAUCACUCACGAGAUUGGCUAUUAGGAAUCUUCCAAGAGCUAUGAAUUCAAAAGCACUCAAGUCUUUGGGCCGUAAAGCAGUUGUACAAUUCGCAACUGAGGUCAAAGAAGAAAAGAGACAACCGUUGUCAAAAGAAGAAGUUGGUAGAUCUCUCAAGGACAAAAAGGACAAUUUAGAUCCAGAAGCCGAGAAAAAAUCUAAAAAGAAAGGUGUUGUGAGACAAGCAAAGGUUGUUCAAGAAGUCAAAGGAUCAGGUGAAACCGGUCGUAGUAAGGGAUAUGGUUUCGUAGAAUUUAGAGACCAUAAGACCGCAUUGAUGGGUCUUAGGUGGCUAAAUGCACAUGAAGUGUCGAUUCCUGAGAUAUUAGAAGGGCUCACUGAAGAAGAAAGGGCAAAGGCUAAGUUAGAGGGCUUAGCUAAGAGAAAGCUUAUAGUAGAGUUUGCAAUUGAGAAUGCUGAGGUCAUAAAAAGAAGAAGAGAUAAGAUCAAACAGCACCGUCAUUCUGGUGCUAUCAGCAAAAGGAGAAGGGAAGAGGGCGACGAUGGAGAAGAAGAGAGAAAGGAGGACAUUAAAAAGUAUAAGACAUCGAAGUCUAGAAAAGAUUCCAAAAAGAAAGGAAAUCUUAACAAAGGUCCCCAACCAAAGAAAGCCGAUAAAUCGGAGGUACCUGACAAUGUUAAACAAAUAAUAGGCCAGAAACGUAAGAAGAAGAAAAAUAAAGCAUAA